AUGUUGAUUGAUUCAGGUGCCACGACCAACAUAGUUGAUGAAAAUACAUGGGAAGGGCUGAAGAAAAAGAAAAUUAAUUGUGAGUCAGCCAAAUCCGACAAGAAAUUGUACACAUAUUCAUCAAAGGAGCCACUGCCGGUAAAGGGAGUGUUCACAUGUGAUGUGAAGAUAGGCAAAAGAGCGACACAAGCAGAGUUCACAGUGAUCGUAGGUCAGGGUGUACCGCUACUUGGCAGGCAGACAGUUACAGAGCUAGGAGUGCUAAGGGUGGGUGUAGAUGUUGCAGCAGUCACCGAUGUUAAGGCAGAGGUGAAAGGAAAAUACCCAAAGUUAUUCACAGGGGUGGGUAAGCUUAACACUAAGCAAGUUAGACUGCACAUCGACGGCAACGUGGAGCCCGUAGCACAGCCGCUGAGACGGGUACCAUUCCACCUGCGGGAGGCGGUCGAUAGGAAGAUCGAGGAGCUGCUACGAAUGGACAUCAUCGAGAAAGUGGAGGGUCCAACGCCAUGGGUGAACCCUGUCGUAGUGGUGCCAAAGGCAAAGGACAAAGACAUUCGCUUAUGCCUGGACAUGAGAAUGGCAAACAGGGCAAUCAUCCGGGGCAGAUACCCGAUCCCGACCGUCGAUGAACUGUUGCAUGACAUGAACGGGUCAGCUGUGUUCAGUAAGCUCGACCUGCGGUGGGGCUACCACCAGCUGGAGCUCACUGAGGAGUCAAGGGCGAUCACAACAUUCGCCUAUCAGCACGAGGUGGCAUCGGCGCUGACAGGCAUCGAGGGAGUGGCCAACAUCUCCGAUGACAUCAUCGUCCAUGCACCUGACCACGACACGCAUCGCCAGCGACUACAUGCAGUGCUGGAGAGGCUGGAGAAGUGCGGCCUAACCCUGAACGGUGAGAAGUGUCAAUUUGAGAUGGACAAAUUAGUGUUCAUGGGCAUCUUACUGACUGAAAAGGGAGUAGGGCCUACCAGUGAGCGAGUCAGAGCCCUGGAGGAGGCGCGUGAGCCAGAGAACGCAUCAGAGGUACGCAGCUUUCUGGGUCUAGCUGGGUACAGCAGCCGUUUCAUACCCCAGUUUGCGACCAUCUCAGAGCCGCUGCGGAGGCUGACAAAGAAAGAGGUACCGUUCGUCUUCGGGCCAGAGCAACAGGCGGCGUUCGAGACACUGAAACAGAAAUUGGCAGAGGCGGGAACGCUGGCAUACUUUGACAAGGAUGCCCCCACCAAAGUGAUAGCUGACGCAGGCCCGGUGGGCAUAGGGGCAGUUCUAAUCCAAGAGCAACAGGGUGCUAUGGUGCCUAUAUGUUAUGUAAGCAGGAGCCUGACAGACUGUGAAACGAGAUACUCUCAGACUGAGAAAGAGGCCCUGGCACUGGUGUGGGCAUGCGAGCGCCUACACCCAUACAUAUACGGCAAGAGGUUCGACCUAGUGACUGAUCACAAAGCCCUACAGGUGAUCUACAGCCCCAAGUCCAAGCCAUGCGCUAGGAUCGAGCGCUGGGUGCUCCGCCUGCAGCCAUACGACUUUCGGGUCGUGCACAUCGCGGGAAAGUUCAACAUAGCAGAUCCCCUGUCACGUCUGCUGGGGAAAAGCGCAAAGAGCACGCCACAUCAUCAUGGAGCAGAAGAAUACGUGCGCUUCGUGGCGGUGCAGGCUACACCGCGGGCACUUACCACAAGGGAGGUGGAGAGAGCGUCCGCAGAGGACAAAGAACUGGAUGAGGUGAGAAAAGCGAUCAAGACAGGCCGUUUUGAAAAGUGCUCAGCUUAUGGCCGCAUAGCGAAUGAACUGUGUACUAUUGGACAAUUAGUGCUGAGGGGGACACGGAUUGUGCUUCCACAGUCACUGCGCAGCAGAGCUUUAAUCUUAGCUCACGAGGGACACUUAGGCAUGGUAGGGAUGAAGCAGCAUCUGAGGGGGAAAGUGUGGUGGCCGGGGAUGUAUAAGGCAACAGAAAAAUAUGUGAAGGCCUGUGAUGGAUGCAAACUAGAGGCACGUCCUGAUGUACCCGAGCCAUUGCGGCCCACUGCUCUCCCUGAUGGGCCUUGGCAAGACCUUGCCACAGACUUAUUAGGUCCCUUACCUACAGGACAUUCAAUCCUGGUAGUCGUAGACUACUACAGUCGGUACUAUGAGUACGAGAUCAUGCGUUCCACUACAGCAGAGAAAGUGAUUGACAGCCUGGAGAACAUCUUCAGUCGACAUGGUCUACCAGUCUCUAUCCGAUCUGACUGUGGGCCCCAGUUUCUGUCAACACAGUUCCAGGACUUCUGCAAGGAGAACGGCAUACAACACGUCAAGACGACACCGAAAUGGGCACAGGCGAAUGGAGAGGUCGAGAGGCAGAACGCCUCCAUCAUGAAAAGAAUUCGCAUCGCGCACGCAGAGGGGCUGGACUGGCAGAAGGAGCUACGAAAGUACGUCACCGUCUACAGGUCGAUCGAGCACUCAACCACGGGCAGGAGCCCUGCUGAACUCCUGUUCAACCGGAAGCUCCGGGGAAAGCUGCCAGACAUCAGCACGCCGAGAAUCGACAUCGAGGCACGAGACACCGAUGCUGAGAACAAGGGCAAGUAUGCAGAGUAUGCAGACCAGCGGCGCGGCGCAAAACCAUCACCGGUGCAGGUGGGAGAUGAAGUUCUGUUGAAACAGGACAAGGUUAACAAAUUCACCACAACAUUUAAUCACACACCACACACUGUAGUGAGUAAGAAUGGUAAUAAUGUUGUAGUUGAGUCACCCAGUGGAGCUCAGUACUCCAGAAAUACCACACAUGUUAAGGUGCACACACCAGCAGAGCAGACACCCUCACCUGGCGAGAGUGAGGCACCGAAAGAGAGAGAGACUCAUGCAGAACCGUCUGUGAGGUCCACACCAGAGACACUCACUCAGGGGUCAUCUCCAAGCCGACCUCUGACCACACCGACUGAGCGGCCUCGCAGAGAAAUAAAGCAGCCGGAGAGAUUCACGGACUUCAUUAUGAAGUGA